AUGCAGCUGCAGGAGCUUGUACUGUGUGCGACAACGCCAUCGCUGUCCAACCCAGGUCCAGGGUCCAUCGCGCUUCACGACAUCCAGACCGGAGCGACGCUUGCUUCAUUUAAGCAGACCUCUGCGGGACCACACUGCACUGCGGUAGCGCACACGCGCGAUGGACAGGGCGGCUUCAUGCUGGCUGCACAGCCAGACAAGUCGAUAAUGAACGUGUACAACUUCCAAAAGGACCAGCUCGCACUAAAAAUUGUACUGCCAGAGAAGCUUUCAUGCAUCGCUGUGGACCCAAGAGGAGAGUUUUGCGCUGCUGGAACUUCUCAGGGUCGUCUUUAUAUCUGGGAGAUAGCGUCGGGCAUAAUGUACAACGCCUGGGACGCUCAUUACCGUCAAGUCGGCGUCUUACGCUUUACCCAGGAUAGCGCAGCACUGCUCUCAGGAAGCGAAGACUCGGCUGUGAACGUCUGGUCCGUCUCGAGAUUGCUCGAUGACUCUACGCAAAACGAACUUCCUGCUCCCUAUACCACACUCUCCGACCACACGCUCCCCAUUACUGACGUCGUGGUGGGAGCUGGUGCAUUUCCGAGGUGCCGAGUCCUUACAGCAUCUGUGGACCACUCCGUAAAGGUGUGGGAUCUCGAAUCGAAAUCCCUGCUGACGACCUUCCAUUUCCCGCGGCCGGUAUCCACGCUCGCAUGGGACUCCACCGAACGUCUAUUCUUUUCUGCAUCGCCGGACGGCUUCAUUCACCAAGUAAAUCUGUUCAGACAACGUGACGACAAGCUCAGCAGAACAAUGGAAGCAGUCGGUGGCGCUGGCUCCACGGACGUGAUACGGAUAACGGACGAAGACCAGCAAGCAGCGAGGAAAAGGCUCAUCGCCGUCGAUCAACCCGUGAUGAGUAUGACCAUCUCCCUCACGUCCUCCCUCCUGCUCGUCGGCACCGCAAGCGGGCUUGUCCACUCAUACGAUAUCGCCUCACAUCAGCUCCUCCGCACGAUCUCAACCCACAAGGGCCUUUCAAUAGCGCACCUGCAGACCAUGCUCAAGCCGCCCGACCUCGUGGGGCACGUCAGCCUCAGCCUCAGCGCGGGCAACCCUGCAGACUCGCGGGACACGAUACCCGUGAGGACUGUCGCGCCGUUCCAACGUAUGCGCGAUCCGAAGAUGAGGGAGGCGCACGAGGUCGCAGUCAUGCUCCCGCCGUCACUGACAUGGGUCCUGCAGAAGCCCGUCCCGGCGUUCUUCGAUUACCCGGUGGACGAGCUCCUCCGCGAUCACGCGUCCUUCGUCCCAACUUCCGGGGUGCAGCCGUCUGGCGUGUCGCUGCAGACGCGGGUCUCGGAGCUCGAAUCUGAGGUUGUGCGUCUGCGCGAGCAGCUCGGGCGGGCGAAGAGCAUCAACGAUACCAUGUGGGAGACGGUCGUGCAGCGGGUCGUCGCGGAGAGCCGGGAGAAGGCACAAGAGGGCGAGGAAAUGGAUAGACAGAAGAGGGCGCGUGUAUAG